UCCCAUCGCCGCGCGGUCCAGCAGCUCCUGAGCUUUCGCCGCCCGCCGGUCAGUCGCUUGAACGCGCUCAAGGCGCUGGGGCAGAAACUACAUUAGGCUUAGGCCCUGCCCAUAAGGAACUCCUAACGGAGAGGAGGAGAAAAGGGAAGCUCUGAGCAGGUGACCUCACUUCCAGCUCCUCCGGCCUGGACCAGAGAGAAGCUGGCGAGGACGAGCCCAGAGAGCAUCACUGCCUCCGAGCUCUGCGCCUUCCUGCUUCCAGUUUUCAGACGAGUUUUCAACCCUCUUGGGAGAAAGUGAUUUUUGUUAUCUCGAUCCUCUGACUUCACUGAUCGUUUAUCUUUCUUUUCCAAAUUCCUUGGGCCAACUUUGGUCACACCACACGCACUCGGCAAGUGUUUGGUGUCUGGAAACCUCCCUCUGGGUGUUUCUUGAGGGUGGUGAGAGGAGGCAGCGGAGGCCGUGGUCCUGCAAGCAGACUGUCCCGGCCUGGGUGGUGAGGUCGCGAUGUCCACCAAGGUGCCCAUCUAUCUGAAGCGCGGCAGCCGCAAAGGCAAGAAGGAGAAGCUGCGGGACCUGCUGUCCUCAGACAUGAUCAGCCCACCACUGGGGGACUUCCGCCACACCAUUCACAUCGGCAGUGGUGGCGGCAGUGACAUGUUUGGUGACAUCUCCUUCCUGCAAGGCAAGUUCCACCUCCUGCCGGGGACGGCGGUCGAGGAGGCCGAGGAGGAUGGUGGCUUUGAGCUGCCCUUCCAGUUCAUGCGCACAGCCACCUUGUGUGGGCGGGAGCUCCCCGACGGGCCGUCCCCUCUGCUCAAGAACGCCAUCUCCCUCCCUGUCAUCGGUGGGCCCCAGGCACUCACCUUGCCCGCCGCCCAGGCCCCACCCAAACCCCCUCGCCUGCACCUGGAGACCCCUCAGCCUUCCCCACAGCCCUCCCCGCAGGAAGCAGGGAGUGUGGACAUCUGGCGGAUUCCAGAGGCUGCCUCGGCCCACAGUGGGCUGACCCCCGAGUCUGGGGCUGAGGAGCCCUUCCUGUCCCACGCCAGCUCCCUGCUCUCCCUGCACGUAGACCUGGGGCCUUCCAUCCUGGACGACGUUCUCCAGAUCAUGGACCAGGACCUGGGCCACCUGCAGAUCCCCACAUAGGACCCAAGAAUGGCCAGGCUGGGGUGAAUGCCAGAGGCAGUUGGUGGACACGGUCCUGAUCUAGAAGUCGGGGUCCCAAGGUUCCACCUGCGUGGUUGCUGGCCAGUGAUUUCUCACUUUGAGCCUUUGUCUCCUUCCCUCCCACCCUCUUCCCGUGGACAGAGUGGCCUCUUUGCUUUCCCCUAAGCCCCAUGAGGGUAUGUGUAGAUGUCAGCCCAAAGUGCCCUGUGCAUCUUGGGCCACCCAGACCCCCACUGCCAACUGCUCCUCAGAUCCCUGGCCUAAGGCUCUGCUGAAAUGGACUCUGCUUUUCACCUCCCUCUGCCUCAGCCCCAUCAACGCCCUGCUGGGGGGCGGAGGGUGAGGGAAGACGUGGGGCACAGCCAGCUGGAUCUUUGGCUCCGUGUCCUUAACUGGGAAUAUGGCAUCAGUGACCGAUGUCCCUCCGCCCCACCCCUCCCACAUGACCGGGGGAUCCUGGUUGCAAUAAAACUUGCUGCUGCUGGUA